UCGAGCUCAGUUUUUCAUUGAUGCGUACGCUGCACUGCUAACCAUCGAUGCCCAUUUCUAGGUUACUGUAAUUUUAGGUCAAAACACCGGCAUCGUCUUCGUUGAGGAGCCAGAAUCUUUUUAAAACCUCGACUUUGCAUCUCCUGAGCCUGUUCCACAGACACAAUGACGGAGGCGGAUGCAUUGGAGCUAAAGCAGCACAAUUCGAGCAACGGGGAUGUUUGUUCAGAGCAGACCAGAGAAGACGUGUUUGACAACGCUUACAAGGAGAAAGAGGGCCCCAAACCUCGCAGGAUGAUCGUGUGGAGAAAUGUCAUUCUGAUGACUCUGUUGCACAUAGGAGCCACGUACGGGAUCCUCCUCAUCCCCUCAGUUUCCCCGCUGACCUUGCUUUGGUCUGUGCUUUGUUUUUUCAUAAGUGCUCUGGGAAUCACGGCGGGGGCUCACCGCCUGUGGAGUCACAGAUCCUACAAGGCUUCCUUACCCCUGAGGAUCUUUCUGGGUUUUGCAAACUCCAUGGCAUUUCAGAAUGACAUUUUUGAAUGGGCUCGAGACCACAGAGUUCACCACAAAUACUCAGAGACAGACGCCGACCCCCACAACGCCAAACGGGGCUUCUUCUUUGCCCACAUUGGCUGGCUGCUGGUGCGCAAACAUCCAGAUGUCAUAGAAAAAGGCAGGAAGCUGGAGCUCAGAGACUUGCUGUCUGACAAAGUGGUAAUGUUUCAGAGGAGGUAUUAUAAGCUCUCCGUGCUGCUCGUGUGCUUCUUCAUUCCGAUGUUCGUACCGUGGUACCUGUGGGGGGAGUCCCUGUGGGCGGCGUACUUCGUCCCAGUCCUGCUGAGGUACACCAUGGUGCUCAACGCCACUUGGCUGGUCAACAGCGCAGCCCACAUGUGGGGAAACAAGCCCUACGACCAGAACAUCAACCCCCGAGAGAACAAGUUUGUCACUUUCAGCGCCAUAGGUGAGGGAUAUCACAACUAUCACCACACCUUCCCCUACGACUAUGCCACCAGCGAGUUUGGCUGCCAGCUGAACCUCACGACAUGCUUCAUCGACCUCAUGUGCUUCCUGGGCCUGGCCAAGGACUGCAAGCGGGUGUCCCGCGAGUUGGUCCUGGCUCGCGUUCAGCGCACCGGAGACGGGAGCCACCGCAGUGGCUAGGAUUACAGACGAGAUGCGAGGUCCAAGUCAGAACAACCAAGAGAAAUAAAUAGUCCUUCGACAGCUAUGAGUUUAUUCAUCUGAGGAUACCAAGCAGCUUCACGAAGGCCUUGACCACAUUUUGCUUGUUUUGGGGUUUCUUUGUAGCUGUAACUAAACAAAUUGUUCAAGAUAUAUAUACAUAUAAAAAAAAAACAUGCUCUGCUAAGCUCUUGACUUUGAUGUGCACCGUUCAUCCAGGCCAAGGUCUUGCAUGUAUGUUUCAGGUUUGAAGUAGAUGUAUUUUGAUAGUCAGCUUUGUUCCUUGCUGUUUUGCCACUUUGGUGUGCAUUUUCCAUGCAAGAUUGGUCAUGUAGCCCAUCACUUUUUUAAAGUAUUACUCAGUCCUUAACAAUAGACAACACGUAGUGAAGGACUGAUGUAGACUACCCACGUUUUCAGCAAAGAGGAUGGACUACUGCCUUUAUUACAGUUUACAUCGAGUUUUUAAUACUUUAAAAAACAAGAAGGUGUACUUUAAGCACCUGAGCAUUGGAAAAAGAAAUAGAUCUGUACAUUUAUUCUCUUUUUUUUCCAAAAGUUGUUGGCUUUACUGAAAUAGCACAUGACUGAAAAGUGAGAGAUGCCAGACCUUUUUCUCUUUUUUCUCUUUCAUGACUUGUUUUCUGCAACAAAUAUGGUGAAAAGUCAAAGCGUUUUUCUCUAACUGUUGCUUAAUAAACAAAGUUACCAGAUUUAAACUGUUAGAUCUGAAUUUGCUAAAUUUCAUUGGACUUGAUGGGGUUUUUUAACAAAAGGUGCCAAAAUUGUUUGAAGCUUGAAGUUAUAGAAAAUGUCAUUAUUGCCUCUACAUUUCACACCAUUUUGGCUUUUCUUGAAUUUUUAUAUCACCAGUGGGUUUUUUCUUCCCAACAGUUUCCCUCCCUCUAUAAUUUUUUCUACCAAUAACUCCAGUUGAGGCCAUGUUGGGCAAAACACACAACAUGCCACCCAUGCAUGGUGAUGUACUGUAGUGGGUGUAGUGAGUGAAUUGUAGCAGAGCUGCAUUUGUUUUUUCUUUUAGCUUUUGGGUCAUCAGAGCUGUUGCCGUGGUGAUUUCCUAGACAGGGUCUGGCUUCCCCUUUGAUAUCGUCCAAAGGUGAAUCUCCUUUUGAAAUUUCAUGAGCAUCAGUGUUCCUGUUUGUGUGUGUGUUUAUUUUCUGGUUUGUGGAAUGCUUUUUUUUUAAAAUGUAUUUAUUUUUUUGUUUUUCUGAAAUAAAUUGUUUGAUCGUAAUACUCCAGAAUACCAAACUGUGGCAGACAACCUUGCAUAUUUGUGUAAAAUAAGAUCAGAUUUGUUGGAUCAGGAUAUGACGUAACGCCUUAUGACUUGCAUUCCUUCACAGUUUAAGCCGAGUGCCACAAAGCAAUUCUGAGCUAGUAAAAAUUUGAAUUUUGUGGAAAAAAGAAAGAAAUACCUGCCAAUUUUUUUGCCUAAUGGAAUCCAAAGUUGGAUAAAAGAAGAACUACGAGCCAAGAAAGCAGCACCAUAAUCUGUGUAGGAUUUAUAAAGCCAGGGGUCAAAGGGUUUUCGGUCUGAAUGUUUUGAAUUUCAAUUGUGUCCUAUUCUCAAAUAAAAUUCACAAUAUUUUUAGUAUACCUGCAAUUCUA